GCGGAUAGCUACGCGAACGCAUAUUCCGAUCGGGGGAUCGUCGAUCGAGCAACAAUACGGUUGUGCGUUUUUCUACACAGUACCGCGAAAAUGCUGUAAAAUCGGCUGACGCGGUUUCUCUCUCGCGAAAGGAGUGACUUCGUGCUAUUGACAUCCGCUCUUCGUGGUAUCGACAUCUCGGUACAAGCCAGCCCGUGCCGGCAGCGCGAUUUUGUGCGUCACUUCCACGGUAUGGUGGAAGGGAGAGUGAGUGAGAUAGCGAAAAGAGGGAAGGGGAGAUGGUGGGUAGGGAUAAACGAAGAGAGAGAGAGAGAGAGAGAGAGAGAGAGAGAGAGAAAGAGCGAGAGAGGGCGAGGAGAGGAAAUUCGUUGGACGAACACGAGCUACGUCGGUAUAAUUUUCACAAGCGCGAAAAUUACUCGGAUCAGAGCCGAUAAGUCGUAAAUUACGAGUGCGCGCAUCGGUACGUUCCAAUCGGCGUGUAAAACGCAAGAUUCGUUUGCCUGCGAAUGACGGCAUCAGCCGCCGCUGAAACUUACGAUUACUCGUCCGACGUAUCGAACUUUGCGUCGAAAUCCUAACGCAAUUCAAUCGCGCGCGAAUAGCAAUAACACGUCCGAUUAUCGGGCACGACGCGAUUCUUUCUUCCACUAACAGUCGUGCUCAUCAUUUCUCUACGAAUAAUCGCGAGCCGGUAAGCAUCGAGAAACGAUAUAUGCGACUCUGAUUUCUUACGAUUGGAGGGAUGACUCGUUGUUACGUCGUACGGAUUCGAGGCGACGAUCUUUGUUCGAUACGGAAGGAAAAGUGGGAAACGGGGCCCGUUGAAAAUUGACGGAAGAUAGAGGUACGGAAAACGGUGUAGAGGUUAUUCAGGAAUUUCGGCGCGAUGACGCGCGCACGUAGAGUAGCGUACAUGCCGAUGACAGGACCGUGACGGAGUGCUAAUAAUACGUAUAAUAGGCCGGUAGAGCGGCGCGCGUGUGUUGGUGUGGUCGCGCAUGAAUUCGUGCCGAUAAGCAGGGGCAGGGACAGGGAUAGAGAGAUAUUCUAUCUAGCGCGCAUACGCGUAUAGAUAGUUGGCGUUGGUCCGGAGUAUAGAGAAGCGUGGCCAUGGUCACGGAUUUCGAUUGCGUGCACGAUACUUACAAGUUUGAAGAAGCGUUCGCGUGCGUUGUUGUCACGUUCUAAACGAAGAGUCGAUCGAUCACGAUAUCGAAUGUCCGAUCGAUGUACACGUGUACGCGUUCGAAAUCGAUAGAAGCAGAAUCGAUACUUAGGACGAUCCUUCGUUUUCUCUCUCUUCUUCCUUCCGAUUAUACCUUUUUACCGGCGAUGUUUUCUGGUUCGGUCACGUGGUACGCGAGUCGCGCGAGACCGAAAAAAUUGGUCGAUCGGAGAGAUACGGCGCGACGUACGAAGAUCGUCGCGAGAAUAAGAGGAAAGGAAGACGAGAGGAUGGCGAGCUAUUUCUCAGUUUCAACCGCAGAGACUUUCUUCGCGAGAAUAUAUCGACGCGUCAAGAGCAAACUAGCCCGUUUACGAUAACCACGCGUGCAUAUAUAUACCGGCCGUAUUACCGCGGUUCGCUCGCGCAGCUUUCAAACGCGUACGUACGUCUACCUUGAAUUUAGUUUUGCGAUCACCGGCCAUCUGGCGUGGUGGCGAGUUCUUGGAUCCGUUACGAUCCAGUCGAUGAAAAUUUCAAUGGAAAACCGAGAAGAUCGUAGCGAGUGUCGCGUAUCUCUCGGUUCCCGCCUGUUCCUGGCCGAUUGUUUCGAUGGUCCAGAGGACGGUGGAUGGCAGAAUUGCCGGUGCAGCCACGGAGCGAGAGUAGAGGUUGCGUGGUAGAGAUUGCAAGCCACCACCUCUCUUCCUCGUCCACCUCCGGUCGGCGCCGUUCUUCCAGUUCUCCGGCGCGACGAGACGUUCAGUCGGCUGGCGACAGCCGUCCGUGCUUCGCGUUCCUUCCUAUCGCGCACGCUCUGUUUCUCGCCCGCGAAAUUUCCUCGUUGUCUCCGCUCUUCACCUUCUGUUCGCGCCUCGCGGUUCUACCGCUGCUGUCGUCGUUCGAUCGUUCGCGAUCGUUUGCAAAGGGAAACGGUGGACGCGAUGAAACGCGUGGUUGUGGUGGUCACGCGCCGAUCGCGACGAUUUCGCUAGAUCGGUGUCGCCGGUGACCGACGGUGACGUCGACGAUCGAGAAAUCGCGCGGUCCGUUUCGCGCUGCAGCCCUUUUGGAUUUCCCGAAGGUUGAUCGUCAGGCUGACAGGACCGAAAGCCCUCGAUCGGUGAUCGAAAGAGGUAGGCGGAUCUUCUCGAUUCUAGUAGCUUUGAGACGAGUAAAUUUCAAAUGCUCGACGGUGUUCGACGAGUUCGAAUCUAUUUAAAAAGCCAACUACUUUGCGUUUCGCAUCGACGGCAAAGCAACGCGGUCCAAUGGAAAAAAGAGAAGAACGACGAAACUGUCCGGAAUACGAAUAAGAUGAAACACGACCGUCGUAAGGCCGUUCUCGUCGAAGUAAACGGACGAAAGUCUCGUGCGCGCACGUGUGUGUCGAACGAAAGGAAGAGAGGAACGGCGGAAGGCAACCAGCCGAACCGAUGCUCGAGGAAACUCGGUCGUUUUUCGAGAAACGAAAUAGAUAGGCUACCAGUGAGUAGAAAACCGAAGUAGGAAAAGCGCCAGAUGCAUCGUUUCGCACGAUAUUUGUCAAUAAUCGAUGGCGUACCUGCUCGCGAUUAACCAUCGACCAUUAACCAUUUCGCCGUCGAUCAAACGAUACGCGAUAUUCGCGCACACCCGUUGCUCGAGCUCGAACCCGGCACCUCGGCAGACGACUAAAUUCUUCCGAUUUUCGAUUAGCGACGCUUUAAAUUCUUCCAGAGGUCGUAAACAUUAGAACGAGAAAAGUUGCAGCCAGUUGCGUUCGAAGCGAAUGAAACGACGCAACUUUUCCAUAUAAAUUUCCGCUGUCGUUCCUGUAGCGACAAUUCCGAGUUUUCGAAAGAAAUCGAUUCACGACGCAGAAUCGGAGAAUCGGAUCGCGAAACGUUGGUAGCUUAACGCGUGGCGUGCACGUUGCACUGUGAACCGGAUCGAUCGAUCGAUCGAUCGAUCGGGGAAGAGGCGAAUCCGAUUAACACGCAAUGGACGUUUGUGGAUAACGGGAAGCGGCGAACACGGAAACGCGAUCGGUCGUGCUCGUGGACGCAAAUUCAGUCGCGUGUGCGUCCAUACGUAGCAGCACGAGACACGCGCUAGCGUUGGCCCGCUAUACUCUCAUCUCAAGUAUUAUAUCGAUUAACUGUUGGUAACAGAAGUGAGGCAGAGGAAAGCUCGUCGGAGGGUGGCAUAGCUUUGGCUUUCCUAUAUUAUUAAUCUUGCGCGCCUUCUCUCUCCCUCUCUCUCUCUCCUUCUUUUUCCUUUCCCUGCCAGCCUUGUUCUCUCGUUUUCUUUUGCUCUUUGGCCGCUCGACCCUAGCCGCGCUUUCUCUCCGCGCUACCUGGUAAACCUGGCGUAUCCUGUGCCGAUCGACGGACCUGGUCAGCCAUCGUGGACAAGUCGGACGCUUCGAAGAAAAUCGAUGAUUUUUACAGAGCGGCGAGUGGUAGGUGUUCGCAACGAUGGCCGGUUUGCACGCUCGUCGUUGGACGAAGUUUUUCUCGGCGAGGUGCGGCAGGAAAACGCGGGCAAAUCGAUUAAGCGCGCAACAAUGUGUCGACGAUGAUAAUAAAAAGUCUUGCGAAAGAAGAAAUCCUGCUGAAAUAACAGAGAUACCGAACGGGUUAGGGAAGGGGGAUACGUUUGGUAAACGCGUAAUUCGCUGCACGCGCACUUUUUUCGGUACACCGCAAUUUCUCGUGGCUUUCCCCGGGCGAAGAGCCGACCGUGAAGCCGGAUAGGUGGGCGAGCGCAACGAGCGAAACGUCAAAUGCCGAGCUGAACGCGACCUUUGUCUGCUCGUGACAUCUUCGUAACGCGAACGAGUUCGAGCUUCGCAACUGGUUGCCCCGGCCGAGGUUCUUGCCAGCGGCGAAACGAGCGUUUUGCGGUGGGAAAAGUGAUAGUCGCGCUUCGGCAACCUCCGCUCGAGAUUUGCCUUCGACAAAGGUAUGCCGUUCGAUCGUGUGCUCCGCGGCGAUUCUUCGUUACGCGAUGACGCGCACAGAGGUCGAACAAGAGGGUGAAGGAGGCGGGCGAAAGAGUGGGGGAAAGCGCCUCCGUCAAAGGCCGGUGCGAGCAAGAAGACACACGAUGGCUGUGCGUGACAUUUUUGUAAUGAAAGGAAGCCAAACGUACGCGACGCGGUCUUUCAGUACGGCAGACAUCUGGUCCGGUUGCCUGGCAGCUUCCUCUUGGUUGCCCGUUCUAAUAUUGGAAAUUGCGUUCCUAUCCGGCCGCGCGGGCGUGCGCCAUCUCCUCUCCGACGAGCACCGUACCAUGUGCAGGACAUAUGUAUAAACACAAGCGCAGUCUGCCGCGAUGGCGAAGUCGUUUCCUUUGAAACGCGUUCGCGAUCGAUCCAAACCUACUCUUUGUCGUCGGCGUUGUCUUCUCAGCUAUCUCGCGGAAGGACUUACGCGCCCUUCGCUCGUUCGAUGCUCGUUGCUCUCUGCAGGGAAAGCGUAGCGGGGAAAACGUUCGGCGGCAAAGGGUCGCGCGAACGAGAAUCCUUCGACGCGGCGCGGUUCGAUCGGGGAAAAAAAGCGUACGUGAGCUCGCGUUCGUAUCCCCGUGCGCACAACACAGCUGCGCGCAAUUACCGACGGUAGAGCCUUGGAUUUUCUGCCAUGGCACGUAUAUCGUUUCCCACCGACUCUGCGCUCUUGUUUGCUUAACUAAGCGUCUUAACGAAUUGCCGCGGCCGCGCAUCUACCCCCGGCCCCUCUUCCUCCUCUCUUCCCUCUUCCUCUCUUUUCUCUCGCUUUUCCGAAACGCCGAUCGAUUCCACCCGCGUCGACUCGCGAUAUUCGAUAGAUCGAAAGGGCCAGCUACGAAUACUCGGCCUGGAUUUUCCGAGCUAAUCGCUCUCGACAGAGUCGACCAGCGAUACGUAUAUACGUGGAAACACUUGCGACUUGCGACAACCGGGUCGCGUAAAUUGCAGACAUCUGUAACAACAGAAGGAGAGAUGGGCCGUGACGGCGAUUAAAAUUAUCCGAGCCAUCUGUCGCGAUAAAGGCCGGUCGACAGGUUGAGCGUGUUACGCGCUUUCCAGCGAGGCGCGUUCAACCAUCGCGUUCGUAGGAUUCCGCGCGCGCGAUCCACCAAUGAAUAUCGUUCGUGAACCGAUCGACGCACCGAUGUCGUUUCCAACGAUAUGCAAUCGUACGCGGCAUCGCGUUGCCGUAGAGAGGUACGCGCGACUCGCAAACCGCUCCCACCUCCGGUAUCCUCGCCGGUAUUCCACCUCGCCGCGCGUCCCUCGUUACGGUCAACGUGGAAAUUAAUCCGGAUAAUUACUUUUCUGCAACGCUCGAAAACUUUGCCCGGACGUUAAAGCGCCGCGUAGGUCGAUCGCCGGCGUCGCCGUGUUAAUUUCAAUGAAAUUCUAUGCCGUGGAAGCAGUUUGCUCCGGGCGAUCGACGAUGCCGUUAAUUUAUUCGGCAAUUCGGCCGAUGAUCGCGAUCGGGGGCUCGUUAUCGUUUUUACGAUUCGCGUGGAGAAAAGCGGCAUCGACCGACCGCUCGGCCGCUUUCGUCGUUCGUUUCCUCUUUGCAUUUCGCGUUAAUAACGAGACCAUGUGCCACCCCGAAGGCAGUCCCGCGUCUACGGUUACCUACGCUCCAGGUUCCAUUUCGACGUUCCACUUUCCGAAUCGCGAAACAUCGCGACUAUAGGCUUCCCUUUUUCCCCUCGACGAUCGGAAACGACGUUGUAGGAAUUUACGCGGACGAGUUUCGUUUCGAGAAACGGAAACGCCUGACGGCGAUCGUCCCUGUAUUCUCCGUUUAAUCGCGCGCUUAACGGCCGUUAUUUAUUCGGUUCGCCGCUCUGCAACGUUCAAUUAUUUGGAUAUUCAGAGCGAGUCGUCGAAUCGCCGAAUCGCGAUAGAUCCCGGCUGGUUUGUAAAACUGCCGCUUCCAUUAAAAUCGGUCAUCGGUAUGCGUGGUCGGCUGCUAGUUGCUGAGCACGUACGCGAAAUAUGCGACCGUCGAGGCACGGCGCGAUGCGACACGGCGCGUCGAGGUAAUCGCGAAAUCGAAUCGAUCAAAUACGAAUCGCGGUGGGACGCGCGAUCGCCUGCCUGUAUCUUCGGCUUGGUUCCUUCUCCGAUCUCCGCACGGCUUUGUCGAACGCGUUCCACGCGCCGACCGAGCCUAUCUAGCCUUAGAUAGCUCGCGGCUGUUUUUCCGCUUUUCGGCAAGAAGUCGGGUGACGAGAGCAUGAAGGUGGAGGAUGGAAUGGCAACUACCAGUACUCCGCUGCACAAGGUGAAGGAAGAGGCCAAGGAAUACUUCGGUUAUCAACAAUCGUCGGAAGCGUCGUCGGCGACCACGACAGCGACGACAACGAUGACGACGCCAACGACGACAACGACCGCGACCACCAAGACAACGACCACGACGACGACCACCACUACGACGAGCAUGACGACGACCACGACGACGACGACCACGACGGCGACAACGUCGACGUCGCUGGCAACCGUCGCGAGCAUCGUAACGCCGCCCAACUCGAGCACGAUCGUCAACGGUAUCGGCGGCGUAGUUGCCAGCGUCGCUACCACUCCACCGACCACCGUACCGAACGUAUCGUCACCAGCGGCCACCUCUGCGCUGCACCAAUCUACCGGCGUGGUUUGUCAUCUAUCGGCGCCAGCGUCUUCCGUCCUGGUCAACGCCGAUCCCUUUCCCGUCGAUCUCGACCUCAAGACCAAGAUCAAGGUGUCCUCGGCAGCCAGGGACAAGGUCUCGCGAGAAGAUGCUCAACCGGAAGUUCAUUCGCCCUGCUCUCAUCAUCAAAAGAUUUCAACCGCGGUACCGGCAAUCGGACAACCGAAACAGAGCAACGGCGCGCCUCGGACAGAUCACAAAGGAACAACGAUCGUUGUUUGCUCGGCGUCCUCCGACAGCGGUAGUCCUUUACCCUCGCACUACCUCAAACCUGAAUCGGAGGACGCGACUGGAUCCGCUGGAAGCAGCGGUACCGGCGGUGGCAGUGGCAGCGUGGUUAGCAGCGGUGCAAGCGCCAACGGAUCCGUGGCCAACUGCAGGACUGAAGAGCAAAGCGAUGUACCCGCACCGUCGAACGGCAACGGCAGCAACAGCACCACCACCGCUGCUACUAGCACCGGCAACAGAUGCAUCGCCGGUGUUUUCGCCGGUCACGGUGAGCUCAAGAGCGUGCUCGGUACCGUCGUGAAAUUCGCUACGGGCAUCUCUCCUGACACCGGCGACACUGUGCUUACCCUGGUGUUGGCGCUUCUGAGCGGUACUAUGACCGCGGAGGAAUUUCACUCGGCCCUCCAGGAAGCGACCAACUAUUCUCUGAAAGGUUUCGUCCUACCGCAUCUGAAGCAACAAUUGCCAUCCUUGCAGAGAGAUUUGAGCAACGCUGCCAGAGCCACCAACCAAAGUUGCGCGCAGUUUUUGCGAUCGAACGAGGCGGCGGUUCUGGAGGCUGUCGGUUUGGUGACUGCGUCGGACCACGUCGAGAUCUUCGGAGAGUACGCCGGUAACGGAGCUGCGAGUGGAAACGGCGGCAACCAGUGCCCCGCUCAUUACGGCAUCAGAUCCAAUUCGAACCCUGGUAUCGGCGCCAUUCAGCACACGAACAACGCUACGCCCGGUUUCCAUCAUUAUUCCAGCGGCACAUCGCACGCACCGAAGCGACGCGCCUCCGAUACACCGUAUUACGAGAACGGUGGCGCACUCCUCGAGGACGUUCCGGUCUAUGGAAAGAGACUGACGAAUCCAUGGAGUCAUCAUCAUCCGCCGCAACCGCAACAGCAACCGUCCGGCGACGGUUCCUCCCCUUAUUGCUGGUAUCAUCCGCUUCAUUCGUCGAGUGGAUCGAUUCAAGGUCUCGGACAUCGUCAUGCUCACGGUCACGGUCACGGUCACGGUCACGGUCACGGUCAGAGUCACGGCCACGCUCAUGGUCAUGGCCAGGGUGACGGUUCUAACUCGAUACCGACCAGUUCCGUGCAAAUUAGUCAGAUGAACGCGUUCUCCGGUCCUCAUCACCUGGCUCGACAACAGCAGCAGCAGCAGCAGCAGCAGCAGCAACAACAAAUAAGUCACGUGCAAACGCAAAACGGAAGCCUGGACGACGAAUGGAAGAACAUUCAUAUGAUGUUGAACUGUAUCCUCGGUAUGGUGGAAAAGACGAAGAAAGCUUUGGCCAUACUACAGACUCGUGGAUGUUUCGCAGCGUCGACGCCGGCGCCUCCCUUAGCUGCCACGAGCACUGUACCGGCUCAGAAUGGCGGCAGUACCGGUACCACCGUUGCCGGUAACAAUCCGUCAUCGACCAACGGUUCACAGGUAGAAUCUUCGACGGGCGAUCGCGAGGGUAGCUUGAAACGAUUAUCCGGCGAGAUCGUGGCUCAGACGAUCAGAGCGAUCGAGGAUAAGGUGGCGGAAGUGAAGAGGAAAGACGAAGAGGCCGUGAAGAGGGCCGUGAUGGCCGAGGUACAGCGCGCCGUGAGAGUGGCGGUAGCCGAGUCUAGAGCGAACGAACGCCUACGAGUUCAUCGAAUGCUGGAUGUUCCGUUGUCUCAAAGAAACCACGGCGGCGGCCUUCGCCAAGGAUCGUACCUUCGAGUACAUGGUAACCAUGGAGCGGUCGAUGCGAACGCUAGGACCGUUGCCACCACACCGACCAAUUCCGUUUCCAACUCGAUUCCGUCGAUCAGCGAAGACGAGAAGGAAGCAGCGACGCAAUUGCAAACCGUCUCGGGAUCCAGUUGUUGGAACUGUGGCAGACCAGCGUUGGAAACGUGCGGUGGCUGCGGAAUAGCGCGAUACUGUGGCUCCUUUUGUCAACAUCGAGACUGGGAGGCCGGAGGUCACCACGCGACGUGUAACAAUCCUCCGCCUCGCGAACCUCGAAGAUCCGCGUCUCGCAGUCCGCCAAGAAUCGCUAGCGUGAACGAGGCGAACGUCGCAGCACCGAUACCGGCCAGCGGCGCGACCAAAGGAAAGUGACGUUACGACAGCAACUAUUAUCGAUUCCGACGAUUCACUAGACCGGUCCAAUACGAUUCGCGUUAAUGUUAACGCAGCGUUCGUACCGCCAGACACCGCGCGCUCGCGAUACAUACGCUCCUUCCUCUAUGUCGAAUCAUACAUCUUCGCUGCCCCUUUCCCAUUUCUACUGGUUUAGCUACUUGGUACAGGCUAUAUGCCACUCGGUUACGUUUUUGUUCUACUACACUACUACCACCGUUGCAUACUUCUACGAGGCAAAGUUGCGUAUAUUUUCCGAAAUUCAUUCGUCGGUAACAUCGUCAAGCUAAAGGGUUAAAGCAAUUCCUUCAGUAUCUACAGAUGCAAAGUUACGGGAACAGUACGCGAUGCGGAUAAAACGGAAAUUUUUCCUCUCUAUGAUCGUAGGUGUAACCGUUGGUCGAAUUUCUUCUCUAGGAUAGUACGUGUAACGGUUUGUUGUAUUGCUAUUUGAUCGAAGCGACAAAGUAGAGAUAAAUAAUACAAAGUGUAUAUAUGUAUAUUUCGGAUCGUAGAUGGUUCGAAUAAACGAUCGUUUUAAAUAUUGCAAAUAUCAAAUAUAAGAAUAGUGCCGAUUCUUGCUAUAUUUCGAUAAUUCGUACGGCGAAGGUACGAAUAAAAAUUGAAAGACAAACGAAAUAAUGCCGCCCAAACAGCAAACGAUCCCAUGAACGUAAUUUUUAUGAUACUACGUGAUUUUACGCUACCAAAGAAACAAGAAGAUAAAAUACCAAAAGAUGAUAACAAAGAAAAUGACGACACGUUAUACGCUCUCUAGGUCUCUACGAACAUGUAGCACGAAGAAACGAUUACCUUUGACGCGGGGAUAUUUCGCGUGUUUCAUCGAAAUAAGUUUAGGAUAAUUUUCCGUUGUUGUUCCACGAUCGUUAUUGUUUCAUUCGUCUUAGAGCCGUAAUAUAAGUAACACGAAACGUGGCGUAAUACAUUCAAUUUUCCUCUUCUUUUACCGAAGUCGAUGUACCGCGUAAAGUAGUGCGCUAUCGAUCUUUCUCCUAGUCAAUUGAUAGAUUAAUACGAUGUUUUAUUUUAUACGCGUAACAGUGUAUAAACGCAUGUAUACGUUUACGAGUCUAGUCAUUGUCGAGUCGGCAGAUGAAACGAGUUUAUCAGUCGUGCGCGCGUUAGGAGAGGACUUUGCUCAAAUCUAGACUACGAAUCGUUGUAUGUUUUUCUAGCUGUAUUAAGUUGCAGGGAUGUAUGAUGGAUUCUAUAGAUUGUAUUUACAAAUUAAGAAAAUACAUGAUUAUUCUGUGUCAUAACGCUUAAAGAACGAGCACUGGCAUCGUUAUUCUCUUCUGCGUUUAUAUUCUUUACAUUUUUCUUUUUUUUUUU